AUGAGCCCCGUUUCCCCACUCAUCCGCAUGGAGGCGACUGAGAAGUCCGCUCUGGGCGGGAAUCGCUUCAGUUGCUUUGAAAGCGGGAAGUCUGAGGAGAAAAGCGAGGGAAACCCGGGCAGCGCAGAGGAGACUCUGCUUUCCCUGUCAGGAGCGAGCUCCAUCGACAGCAGCGGUCUGGCACCCAGCGGUGUUCCAGCACCCACACAGAUGGAGAACAUGAGGAGGAGGAGCAUGAGGAGGAUUUCAUCAUUCGCCCCAGCCACCCUGGUUUGGCUGCAGGAUCCUCUUUCUUCGCCCGGGGCCGCCCCGAGCUGGGAUACUGAAGGGACACCGCAGGCUUCUCAGGCAGGCUGGGACCAGGAUGUGACCCAGACUGGGCAUUCUCAGGGUGACUGGGGCGRUAACAGGGCCCAGGUARGGAAAGAGGCUGCAGAUGCUGCCACUGAUGGACAGGCAGGCUGGGUUGAUGCGGGUGCCCAGGCUGGGUGGGCAGAGGAGCCAACUGCAGACGGGCAGGUGGGCUGGGCGGACUCUGGGCAGACUGGCUGGGCUGACUCAGAGCAGAGCACUGACACUGCUGUGGAGGCCGCUGCAGGGGCUGCAACCACUGCGGUGACCAAUGGGUCUUCUGAGGUGCUGCCGGCUGGAGUCAUCUACAAGGUCAAAGCCAUGCAUGACUACGCUGCCACCGAUGGAGACGAGCUGGAGAUGAAAGCAGGAGAUGUUGUGCUGGUCCUGGCCUGGGAGAAUCCUGAUGAGCAGGAUGACGGCUGGCUCAUGGGCGUGAAGGAAUCUCAUUGGCUGGAGAACAAAGACCUCUUGGCAAAAGGAGUCUUCCCUGAAAACUUUACCCAGAAGUUGUGAGCCGGACGUCCCAUCCAACCUGCACUCCCCCUUCCCCUCUCAUCCCUUUUCCGUCCUUUGGGACAUCUGCCAGGAUAGAAACAAACCAAAACCACAAUCUCAAUCCUUGACCCAUGUAUCAAAUGUGCUGGUAUAUUUUAGCAGAUUCRCACGAUUAUUGUUUUGACUUGUUACAUUUGACUACGUAAUGUAUGUGUUUUUGCUAAUGCUAAUGUGGUCAGUAAUGUAUUUAWGCUAAGCUAAUGUGGCCAGUAGAAACAAAGAGUAUGCUAGUUUCAAUGAAAAAGUAAUGGAUGUCAGACUGCUUGAACACCUUUUGACAUGUCAUGUAAAAAACACAAAAAACCAUUAAGAGUUGCAUGAUCAUUUUACUGUAGUCAUUGACUUUGUAACAACAUCACACCUCCUAGACAGAGAUUGGGACUGCUCUGGUAUCAGUCCUUCAGUUCUGACUGUGAUGAGAGAAAAAUGUACUGGUACUGGAUCAGAACCUUGGGGCACACCACACCAGAUUAAAGCAAUGUGACCUGGGUCAUGUUCGGAAGGGUACUCUACAGCAAAACGUUUUGCAAUGAAAAAAAAAAAUCUCUGUUCUUAUUGGACAUUUCAGGUAGUAUACCUCCACAUUUACCCUACUGGCUCUGUUGUCGUUAACUCUUAAGUCUAUACUUUAUGUCUGUAUCAAACUUUAAGUCACUAUUAUUCUAUUUAAAAGACUCCGUAGCUGUUCUGAAACCAUGUGAUCUUAUAUCUGUGACCCGUUUAAUGUACCAUUUGCCCCUGAGAAGUGGGCUCCCUAGGCUGUCGCUCUGCUAAGAUAAUGUUUUAUCUAUUGUACUGUCCCUUCCGCCUACCUUUGUAUUGCACUGUCCCACUUGCCACCUUUAUGUAUUGUACUGUCCCUCUCUCCUAAGCAGUAGUUGAAGGGAAAUAAAGGAAACCCAGCCUUUGCUCUCUCCCUUAGAGAGAAAUCUCUCAGAGAUUGGGUCAGUGGUCAGGAGUCAGGACACGCAUCAGAAACAGGCUCCCUAGAUCUGUGUAUUUUUCUAUCARUCCCWCUCCYGUGAAAGAGAUUCCUGGGACAUGUGUUAGGGAAUGGUGUGCAGAAGCCCUGCAGGGUUGCAACCAUAUACAUGGAAUCAAUAGAAAGGGCUUUGAAGUUGAAACCUCUAGCCCUGGCAAUUUGACUGGUAAACUCAUGUGUGCAAUGGCUGCCAGUCCACCCACUAUGCCAUCAUUGACUUGAAUGAGGAAGCCUGUUCUAUGGAUUCUAUUUCUAUGGUUGCGACAACUUUUGUGAAACACUGGAUAACUAAAGCAAGAGCAUAAUAUGCUCUCAACUCUGUGGUAUUGGUUUCAUUAUAACUCAGGUUAUGGCCUGGCUCUGAGUGGAGUGAAGCCUGUCGAUAAUGGCUCAAUCAUAAAAUCUACACCUAGCUGUCUGUAUUAGAAUAUGUUGAUAAGGGCUAGAGGCGAGGKGUAAUUAACAAACMGCAUGUUCAGAAGAGUUUUAKAACUGUGGUCAAUGUUCUGAUCAAAAGUAAGGCAACUAUUUAUGGGUGUCAUACAAUUUYUAUGUAACAAUCCAUACAAGUAUUCAAAGAGCCCUGAAACAAAUCAUCUCAAUGUCCAUUGUGUCCUGCUGAAAACCAAAGUUAAACUCAGUCAAAUUAAGCCUAUGGGAUGUACUGUGUUCAAAUCCUAGAUGUAGCUGAAAAUCAACACCUGUGUGAACACACUGUGACUGUAUGUUAAAAAUAUCUCUCAGUGGAAAGUGAUCAAGCCUGUAACCGACAGUCUUCUUUACAACAUUAAAGAUGGGUUCAACACCA